UCCGUCGACGUCGUUGUCUCGUGCUUCACAACCCUCGGCGCCGGUCACGGCUCGAAAUAUAUUCUACAUCACCCACAUCGCUCCCUUCGAGAAUCAAUCAUGAUGGCGUAUGGCCAUAACCUUCCCUGGCGAUCUGCAAUUCGCGUCUCCCAAGGCCGACUACGGGCGUCUUCCUCUCGAACGGUGGCGACGACGGCGGUCCAGAGCUACACAGGCCGUCUGAGCACCCGGGCUUCAUCGCGAACGACGGCAACCGCGUCUUCCAUUCCAUCCCGCUUCGACACGCGAUUACCCGAGCUACUACAACAACAACACCGAGGGUUCACGACAACUGCUCUGCGACUCAAGAGCCGUCCCCCCGGAGAGAAGGAUAUCAUCGAUGAGGAGGUUGACGAGGAGCUCAAGCGGAAGGAGAAGGAGCUGAAGGAGAAGAAGCAGGAGGCGGCUGCGAAAGAGGAGACCACGAAGGUUGAGGCAAGUGCGAAGCAGGGCGAUGGAGAGGGGGGUGCCCAGUCGCCGGGCGAAGUCCUCAAGGGAGGAGCUGCGGGAGGAGCAGCAGGAGGUGCGGGUGGCAAGAAUGGGGACGCCAGCAGUGGCACCGCUGCUGCGGCUGCCUACAAGAAAUCGUUGACUCCCGACCGUGCCCUGCAGAAACCGAUGGUGCCGGACAUCUACCCACAAGUGAUGGCAUUGCCGAUCGCCAAGCGACCGCUGUUCCCAGGAUUCUACAAGGCCGUUACCAUUAAGGACCCCAAUGUCGCCGCGGCAAUUCAGGAGAUGAUGAAGCGGGGCCAACCGUACAUUGGAGCAUUCCUUUUCAAGGACGAAGACGUGGACGGGGACACGAUCGAGAGUUUGGACGAAGUGCACGACGUCGGAGUGUUCGCUCAGAUCACGAGUGCAUUUCCCGUAAACGGAGAGGAUGGAGGUCUAACUGCUGUGCUCUACCCCCAUCGGCGUAUCAAGAUCACUGGUCUACACGCACGGGGUGCCGAAGCGGUAGAGAAACAAGACGGUGUCGCGCCUCCCGCUCCGGAGAUUGACGAAGUGACCGAGGAGUACGAGGAGCGGAGUGAUAAGGGGGAUGUUGUGGCCAGCUUUGAGGAGCCGAUGGAGACGGACAGACGGACGGCAGCCGGAGAAUACGCUACGUCAUUCUUGAAGAAGUAUAACGUCAGCGUCGUCGAUGUCGAGAACCUUGUCGAGGAGCCUCACGACAAGAAGGAGCCGAUAAUCCGCGCGGUAACCUCGGAGAUCGUUAAUGUCUUCAAAGAAGUUGCCAACCUGAACCCUUUAUUCAGGGAUCAAAUCUCCACUUUCUCGAUGUCGCAGUCCACCGGAAACGUCAUCGAUGAGCCCGCCAAAUUGGCCGACUUUGCCGCCGCUGUUUCGUCCGGUGAAGUGAAGGAGCUGCAGGAGGUUCUGGAGGCUUUGUCGGUGGAGGAGAGACUUCAGAAGGCGCUCGUCGUGCUUAAGAAGGAGUUGAUGAAUGCUCAACUACAGAGCAAGAUCAGUAAAGACGUCGAGGCUAAAAUCCAAAAGCGACAGCGGGAAUACUGGCUCAUGGAACAAAUGAAGGGCAUCAAGAGGGAGCUCGGAAUCGAGAGCGACGGUAAAGAUAAGCUCGUGGAGAGGUUCAAGGAGAAGGCGGAGAAGCUGUCGAUGCCAGAAGCUGUCAAGAAGGUGUUUGAUGAAGAACUUAACAAACUCGGUCACUUGGAACCCGCAGCUUCUGAAUUUAAUGUCACUCGGAACUAUCUCGAUUGGCUCACACAGAUUCCUUGGGGACAACGAUCCACAGAGAAUUACUCGAUCGGUCACGCGAUGAAAGUGCUCGAGGAGGAUCAUUAUGGCCUCAAGGACGUCAAGGAUCGUAUUUUGGAAUUCAUUGCUGUCGGAAAACUACGGGGAACUGUGGAAGGCAAAAUCAUCUGCUUCGUCGGUCCUCCGGGUGUCGGCAAGACCUCUAUCGGCAAAUCGAUUGCCAGGGCGCUCAAUCGGCAGUUCUACCGGUUUAGCGUUGGUGGUCUGACUGACGUUGCGGAGAUCAAGGGACACCGUCGUACAUAUGUCGGCGCGCUUCCGGGUCGAAUCAUCCAAGCUCUGAAGAAAUGCCAGACGGAGAACCCGCUAGUGUUGAUAGAUGAGAUUGACAAGAUUGGACGCGGUCAUCAGGGUGACCCGGCGUCGGCACUGCUCGAGCUUUUGGACCCGGAACAAAACUCAUCCUUCUUGGACCAUUACCUUGAUGUGCCCGUCGACCUCUCGAAGGUGCUGUUCGUCUGCACAGCCAAUAUGACGGACACAAUCCCGCGGCCGCUAUUGGAUCGUAUGGAGAUGAUUGAGCUGUCUGGGUAUGUGGCCGACGAGAAGAUGGCGAUCGCCGAAACAUAUCUUGCUCCACAAGCGAAGGAGAUGAGCGGUCUGAAGGACGUCAAUGUUCAAUUGAAGCCCGACGCUAUUGAGGAGCUGAUCAAAUCGUACUGUCGCGAGAGCGGAGUUCGUAAUCUCAAGAAACAGAUCGAAAAGGUGUUCCGCAAGUCGGCUCUCAAGAUCGUGCAAGAUCUAGGCGAGCAGGGAUUGCCCGAGGAGAAAGCCAUCACCGAGGAAGGCAAGAUCGCCCUCGAGAACGCGGAAAAGGAGAAGGCGAGAAUCGAGGGCUCGGAGGACGCGAAGAAGAUGGAGCCGAACAUGGAGUCGCAAACUACCGAAAAGCCCAGGGUGUCUCUGCGUGUUCCCUCAACAGUCCACGUCGACAUCACCAGGGAAAAUCUUAAGGACUAUGUUGGGCCUCCGGUGUUCACAUCGGAUCGGUUGUACGAUGUGCCACCGUCUGGAGUAGUCAUGGGAUUAGCCUGGACACGUAUGGGGGGAGCAGCACUAUAUGUUGAGUCCAUCCUGGAUACUGUUUUGGCAUCGUCGGGUCGACCGGGGCUAGAGAGGACGGGUAGCUUGAAGGACGUCAUGAAGGAGUCAGCAGUCGUGGCCUAUUCAUUCGUCAAAGGACUCAUGGCUAGGGAGUUCCCCAAGAACCGCUUCUUUGAGCAUGCACGUGUUCACCUGCAUUGCCCCGAAGGUGCAGUGCCUAAGGAUGGACCGUCCGCCGGUGUUACUAUGGCUACCUCGCUGCUUUCGCUAGCCUUGGACCACAAGGUCGACGCCACAAUCGCCAUGACUGGCGAACUGACCGUCACUGGAAAGGUCCUUCGGAUAGGUGGACUCCGCGAGAAGGCGGUCGCUGCCCGUAGGUCUGGAGCGAAGACAAUUAUCUUCCCGGCCGACAACAUGUCUGAUUGGCUGGAACUGCCUGAGAACAUCAAAGAAGGCUUGGAUGGAAGACCGGCUAGCUGGUACUCGGAGGUUUUCGACUUGGCGUUCCAUAACCUCGACAAGGAAAAAGCGGCAACGCUGUGGAAGAAGCAGCUCCAGGAGUCGAAGGAGUCUAAGAAGUCAAAGAGCAAGGAUGACGAUUGAUCGAGCCGAGCGAGCGAACAUCCCACUUGCGGAGCUUGGAUGCAUGGCGUUUUCCUUUUCCUUUUCCCUCUAGUCUUUUCAUUUUUCUUCUUGAUCAUCUUAG